GAUACUGUGAUUUUUUUCAAAUGCAGUUUCAAUUUCAUAUUAUGUCAACGUACACGAUUAACUAUCAGCGCAUUAUUGUUCUGUAAACCAUACGCGAUUUACCAAACUAUUAUUCUGAAAAUUAUCACGACACAAUGAGAAAUUUAAUAAUUGUUAUAUUCACGUUAUAUUUAGCCUAUUCCUUAGGUUUGGAAAUUCCGUACAGAAAUAACUCCCUUGUGAUAAUUGAUCGAUUUAAAACCCGGAGUAACUUUACUAUACCUUGUUCUGAUACAGAUGAAGUGGAAUGGAUUGUUGACACCGACAUUUAUGCUAAAAAUUUCAUUCAAGUGGAAGCGCCAAAUAAAAAGAAUCUUGUGAUAGAACAACCUGACCAAGAUGAUGGCGGUGUUUAUAAAUGUGUAUCCAAAAAGAAUCCUAAUUUAUUCAUGAAGAUUGUCGUUCACGUGAUGAUGUAAGACUCAUCGAUCAUCUAACAUUCAUGCUGACUUGACUAAAGUAUUUCAAUUGAGUUGUGGAAUAUGGCCUACAUUUAUUACUCGUCGAAGUUUAAAAUAUCCGAACUCUUUGAUCAGCUUCAUAUUUGGGUAAUUCUCAAAAAAAGUUUAAAUUUCAGUACUAAAAUUUUUCGAAAAUGAAAACCUUUUUUUGAAUUUUUUUCAAAAGGGACUUGAUUCUAGGCAUACCCAGGACACCGAAAAUGACUUCAGGCCCAAGUCAUCUUCAAUAGGGGCGGGGGGAGGGGCUUUAAAAAAAUUGGUGUCACAUGUUGAAAAAAAAGGCUGUUCACUACUUUUGGGUAGGUAUAGGUAUACCUAACUGGAGCAGUUGUUAUUAGUAGCUUUAGCUCACAAAAAGUUCAUCAAGUAGGUACCAGGUUCAUUUUAAUGGGAGUAUUCAAACAUGAUAAGGUAGGUACUUUCCUUCGCCGUGGACAAAAAAAUCAUGAUAGCCACGACGAAAUACCAAACUGUACUAUCCACAACGUAAGAAAAAAAGAACUAAAAUUUGGUUUCCCGGUAAUAGAAUCAAUAAUUUUUCAAUUUUCAAAGUUGUGGUCAUCAAGUACUUACUAUUUGAAUAUUUUCCUUUUUUUCAAGAAAAAAAAUGUCUCUUUUAAACGUGAGAAUGAUAAGCCACGGCGAUGGAUCCGAAAAAAGGAAAUCAGUACAAUUUUUACAGAUUACAAUUUGCAGACUGGUUAAUUGCAUUUGCUUGAUGGAUUUGAAAUGGGCGCAGCACUACUAUCACUAAAACCAUGCAGUGUACCCAUUUCACCUUUAAAAAUAUCGAAUAGGAGAGCCAGAAAAAAUUAACAAAAAUUGGCCACGGCGAUGGACCAAAAACUGGUUACAUCACUUUAUGACCUCGGUUUCAGGGUAUAAGUAUCAUUCCAAAAAUUUAUGUCAGUUCUGUCAUUUACUCUCAUAUCAUUUCAAAAAAAGUGGUAGUGUAAUUAAUUUUUGAAGAUGAAGUUGAAAAAUUUAAGUGGUUACAGGCCACGACGAUGGAGUUUUCAGGGUUUGGGGGGACUUGACGCAUAGUGGAGGGGGGUUGGGGGCCGUUAAACUAUAUGCACGUGAUGCCCGAGUUGGUAUCUACACAAUACCACUGAAAAAAAAUUUCAAUUGUCAAUAGUAUUCAAGUAAACCACCAGUUACAUGAUUUUUAAACUUUUUUUGAGAAUUACCCAUUUCAUCAAUUUAGUAGGUAUCACAUGAAUAAUCGCUUAUAUUUAACUCAAGUAUAUUACGUACAGUAUGCUUAAAUUUGAUUUGCAUUGUAAAAAAGAUGAAAUAAUAAUUUGCAUAAUGUAUCUACCUUGAUAUCCUACUCCUAUUAACAUAGAAAAAAAUUGAUAAUGUAGGCGUACCUAUUGUAUAUGCACUUGUAUUCUAUCAAUAUUUUUCGAGGUGAAAAAUUGUUUACAAAUCUGUACUCAGUGAAUUAGAUAAACUAUUUUUACAGCAA